CAUUUCCAUGUGAAGUGAAUUUUAUCGUUGGCGCUCCCACUUUAUCUGCAUUUGUAUAAGAUAUCUUGCUAAAAUAGAUCAUCUGAUCGAUCCAGAGAUGGACACAGAUGAUGAUUAUCAAUUAGCCUUGCUGCUACAGGCCGAAUAUGACCAGGAAACGGCAGCAAGUGCCGCUGAAGACGAUAUCUAUUUUGUCGGAGCCGAUGGGUCUCCAUCUUUGGCUAUUCCAAGCAUCUCCCACCUCCCACUGCCAGGCAGCCCAGGAUCACCCAAAUCCAUUGUUGAUAAAGAGUGGGAACUGCUUGAUCCUAAUCCUGAUAUACGCGCUCUGUUCCUGCAAUUUAAUGAAAUGUACUUCUGGAGCAGGCUGACUGGAAUUGAAGUGAAAUGGAGCCCCAGAAUGACUUUAUGUGCUGGCCUUUGUGUCUAUGAGGGAAGGGGCGGACUAUGCUCAGUCCGACUGAGUUUACCACUACUUAAGCUGAGGCCUAGGAAAGACUUGGUGGAAACAUUACUGCAUGAAAUGAUCCAUGCCUACUUGUUUGUGACAGACAAUAAUAAGGACCAUGACGGCCACGGCCCAGAGUUCCAGAAACACAUGAACAGACUUAAUUCCUCCUGUGGUUCUAGCAUCUCGAUUUAUCACACAUUCCAUGAUGAGGUCGAUUCCUACAGACAACAUUGGUGGCGCUGUAAUGGUCCUUGUCAAAAACGUCCUCCGUAUUUUGGUUUUGUGAAGCGUGCGAUGAAUCGUGCACCAUCUUCCAGAGACACCUGGUGGUCACAACACCAAGCAUCAUGUGGAGGUUCUUAUACUAAGGUGCGAGAACCAGAGGGUUAUGGAAAGAAAACAUCCAAGUCUAAACAAAAGGAGAUUGAAGAAAAGAAGAAAGAAAUCAGCAAGUUCAAAGAUAUUCGUGCUUUCAUGGGUCCAGGGAAGCUCCUAGGUGGAGGCAAGAAAGAUAGCAAUAAAGAAAAGAGUAAGGCAUCUUCGACAGUUUCAAAGAGUAAUUCAGAUGACGAUGAUGUGACUGUAGUUAAAGUAGAAAAGAAAAAUUCAGUCAGUGGCAGCUCUAAAGGACAUAGUUCAGGUUCUUCAAAACAUAAGUCUGAUGAUCACAAGUCGCAUAAGGACAGUAGCAGUCAUGAUAAACAUCGACACAGCUCACACAGCAGUUCUAAGGACCAUGAUCACUCAAAACAUAAGGAACACAAAAGUAGCUCAAAAGGGGAGUCGGAUCACCACAAGUCCUCGGAUAAAAAACAUUCGUCCUCGGAUAAAAAACACUCGUCCUCUGCAAAGGAUUCUGAUUCAAAGAAACAUUCGUCCUCCAGUAAAGGUUCUUCUUCAGCUUCUGCAGCUAGUGGUAGCUCGAAGAAAAAGGAAAGUAGCUCAUCGUCUGUCGAUAAGCCUAAGAAGUCAAAUGUUCAUGGCGUUGACAGCAGUCCAUCAGGUUCUGAGCUCGGUGAACCAAGUGCUGUAGCUCAUGGGAGCAAUGUGCAUGGUUUUGUCAAAGGUACUGACAAAAGUUCAAAGGGGAAGUCUUCGUCGUCUGCUGUAGCCUUCUCAGGUAUGGGCAAUGUGCUUGGUUCUAGCUCUGACGCCAAACACAAGGGAGAUCGAGAAAAGCAUAAGCAUGAAAAAGAAAAACAUCGUCAUAAGGAGGAGAAGGUAAAGUCCAAGGAGAAGGACAAAUCGGUUUCGAAAAAACGUCCUAGUACAGAGAGUAGCAACAGCAGCAACAGUGAGCCGAGUAGCAAGAAGGCAAAACACGGAGAAGAGACGGUGUUCGGUCAUGGAAGAACAAGCAAAUUCCGUGGUGAUAAGCCUAAGACCGGUAUUGCCCUGAAUGAUCCAGAUGAUAUGGUCCCUUGUCCAGUAUGUGCUACUAGAGUCAGGGCAACUGACAUCAAUGGUCAUUUGGACUCUUGUCUUGGUGGUUUAUAAUGAUGUGGUGAGAAGCCUACAUUUCAUUCCUUAGUUUGCAGAGCUUUUCACAAAAAUAGCGGAUUUGAAGUUCAAUGACAAUCGUGUUGGUAUUUCCUGUGAGAGAAAAUUGUAUUGGAUAUUACUUAAAAGGACUAAAUGCUUAUAUUCAGGCAUAUUAAGAAGGAUAUGGUACCCUGCCGCCCUUUUUUACCCACAAAAUGCGCCGUGCCCCUCUUAAAACCCAAAAAUGUUUUCAUAGUCUUUGAUCUUCUGACCAGACAAUGGUUGAAGAGAAUUUUUAAGACAUAUUGGCUUCUUGGAGUACAUGCAUAUAGCAUGAGAUAGCUCUGUGAAUCAAGAAAUGAAAUGAUUUUGACCAUAAAAUAAUAGAGUUGAACUAAAACUUGGUAGAUACUACUUAGCACUUCAAUGCGAAGUAACGGAUACUGGUACUGUAGUUGUUGGUAUUGUAGUUUGUAGUUAGAAAAAAGGUACAAUGGGAGACUAAAGGCCACUGUUGCUUUAAGUGACACCUAAUACUAAUAGCAAGUGUCACCCCUGUAAAAUUCUCUUGAAAAUUUUGACCUGCCUGUACCAGUUCGCUGAAAGAUUUUAAACUGAAGAGAUCAAUUACCGGUGCUACUCGACCACUAAAUAGCACUGUCCCACCACCAGUGGCAAUGAAGUCCCUCAUUCUGUGUGCCUUCUUACUUUCAGAGGUUUUAAUAAAAAUCUUGACCAGUCCAAAAAAAGGUUGUCUGAUCAGCUGAAUGUCUUAUGUCUUUAUCGUUUUCAUUUAAAAUUGUAUUGUAUGUAAAUGUACCUUUUGAACACUAUGUAGAUUGUAUAAAAGAUACACAAAUUGAAAGACCAAUGCGAAAGUAUUGUAUCACUAAUCGUCAUUGAUUGAAUCGAGAUAAGACAACUCAGUCUUAUUUGACCUCGAAAUAUGUCAACCGUGAAACUUCCACGAAAGAUAAAAUAUGUUGAAUUUGCUUCUUUUCGAUUGACGGCAGACAUUGCUGCCAAAUUGUUAGCCAUCUCUCCUUGCCUCAGUGAUGUAUCCAGAUUUAAGACCUACGGAAAUUUUGGAUCUUUUUCUGUUGCAUUUUAAAAUUCUUGUAAUAUUUUGUUGUAACAUCCACGUUAUCAGCACUAUCACAAUUUUCCUUUUCUUCUAUUGCUUUUUCUUUUUUAGCUGUUAAAGCUAAGGUUUGACAUUUUUGCGGCAGUGUUGUGUUAGCAGGAAGGCUGGGGGGGGGGGGUUGCCAGACAUUGAUUGAUGUUUACCAGACAUUGAUUGAUGUUUACCAGACAUUGAUUGAUGUUUACAUUUGGAACAGUAUCCAAGACAACUGCAUUGAAUGUUUCCUUCUGUUGAGAGUUCCAUUGUUACUGUCCCAAGUACUUCAUCAGGUGGUAGGUGUAAUAAGUAACUGUGAAGUCAGUGGUUUUUGAAUAUAAUUUGUUUGGAAUAUGUAACCGUUAUGUAGUCUUAGGUUAUCAUUAUACAAGUUAUCAAA